UAUUAAUUUUCUUUAAGAAAAAGAAUUUCUUUUUUUAAUAAUAUAAUACAUUCAAAUAAUAAUACAUGUAUAUAUGUAUAUAUAUAUAUAUAUAGAUAGAUAAAAAAGGUGAGAAUUAUCUAUAUAUGUUUCGAUAAGUAUCGACGCGAUGGCGUGACUCGUAUCAUCUGGCUUCUUAUUUUUCUUCGAUACGACGUAAUUACUGUUUCUAUCAAAAUCCAGCCAUAUUGUUAUACUUUGAAAUUUCAAUCUCCCACUCCUGAGCAAGUGUACUUUGACGACGAUGUAAACACUGUGCACAUAUAUAAGCAAGGCGAAUGGAAAGAUUACGGUUCUUUUCGCUUUCAAUGUAAAACGUGAAAAAAUCUCGAUUUUGUUUUUAACAGGAUAAAAUUUUUGCGUGUCGACAUCUUCCUUUGCGAUUAAUUUGAAUUCAUAUUACAUUAGAAUUAACACUAAUAAGUAUCAUUGUACGUGAUUGAUGCAUUAGAUUAUGCGAAAAAAUAAAAAUUGGGAAUAAAUCAUUAAAUGACAAAUUUCAUAAAAGUACACAUUCGUUGAUCUUAUUAAAAAUUUCAUCGAUGUUUAAACUUUUUUCAUUAAUCCUUUUCGAACGUAUAUUAUUCAGUUCAAUAUGAUAAUUAUAUAAAACAAUCCGAAUUUGGGAGAUUCUAGGAACAGAAUUCUAGGAAUGGAAUAGAAUCAGGAAUUCUAGUUAUGAUUUUAUUUAAUUUGAUAUACAAAGUAUAUCUAGUUAUUUCAUGACCAGCAAAAAAUCUUUUGCGAACUAGCGAAUGAUAUAUUUGAAAGAAGAAGAUAAAAAGAAAUAGAUAGAUAAAAGAAAGACGUCUCUUAAAGACAACAUCUUGGAGAAUAAACACAACAAUAUAGAGAGUGACAACGGGAAUGUUUUUACAAUUGUCCGAUGAGGUAUAUAAUUCGCGAAAGACAGAAAUUCAUCAUCAAUGUACGAAGUUCCAUCCACGAUGAAGAUAUACUUGGCAUAUUUUCUUCUUUGGGGUUUCAUAAGCAACCAGCAGUCGGUUAAAGCUACGGAAGUUGAAUCUUCGGCAUCAGCAUUGGCUGAUGGCACGAGCGUUAACAAUGACGCGGCUGUCCUUGACUCAAGUUCGUACAGUUGGUCGUCCGGUGAUGAUCAAAAGUCGAUUGACUCGAACUCGUCUAACUUGAUAAUAGCAAAAUCGAAUGGAGAGAUUUUAGCGAAGGCGAUUUUGAGCAAACCGGUAGGUCCGAAGAGCGAAGUAGGAUCAACAGGCACAAGUUAUGGGAAAAUUAAUCCUGUUCUACAGGAUGAUCAUGUUCCAGAGACCGGCGCAUCGUUGGAGGCGACGGCAGAGGCGCAAACGAAGGAAGAAUCAAAGGUUCAAGCUCGUGCCAUGGAGGACAAAGCGAAUAAUGAAGUGACGGCGAGAGUGAAAGCCGAUGCCGAAGCCGAAGCCGAAGCCAAACCCGAAGCCAAAGCCGAACCCGAAGCCAAAGCCGAAGAAGAUAGAGCUCGAGUAAUAGCCGAAGCGAAAACUCGUGCCGAGGUCGAAGGUAGAGUGCAGGCGGAGGUAGUUCGUCGAGCGUUGGCCCAGGCAAAAGCGGAAGCGAAGAUACAAGCGAGUAAGGCAGCGAAAGCAAAGGCUAAUGCUCUCGCGAAAGCGGAAGCUUACGUGAAGGCAUCUGUAGCUGCUAAUAAAGCUGCCGCGGAUGCGGCCGAGAAGAUGAAAAGAACUGUGACUGCGCGAAUGGAGGCUACUAUGAAAUCAGUCGCCGCCCAAGCAGCACUUUCCGAUGAAGAGAUGGCAUCUAUGCGUGCAGUUGCCUUCGCGGCUGCGGUCCAGGCUGCCCAAAUGCAAGCCUUGAUCGCCGCCCGAGCUGGGGCUAUCGCACAGAAAAAGAGUUUCUUUCAGACUUUAACAGCGAGCAAAAUGGUCACGGCGAACGCACUUGCUGCCAAUAUAGUUGAGGGUAAAGCGAUCGUCGCUAAACAGAAAGUCAACGAAGCUACGAACGAAACUCAAGCAGCUAUUCUAGUUCAAUCGAUGGCCAACGACGAAAUGUCAACGGCAACCUUAGUUCAAAAUGAAGCUUUACCGGCAGCCAUUACCACAAAUGUUUUGCAAAUCGCCGCACUCACGGAAGCUAAUGCCGCGUUACAGGAUAUUCUUGCGGUCGACGUUCGUCAGGCAGAACUUUCGAUCCCUGAAAGAAAUCCUUUGAAAGCAUUUAUCCCAAUUGAUUAUGAGGAUUCCGCGAGGGAAGAUCAUCAAUAUUCGAAUUCACAAUCGAAGAUGAACAUCCUAACGAUACUCGCGACAACACUUCUUCUGAGUGGCUUCGCCACGGCAGCAGAAAGCUCAAGCUCAAGCUCCGCGGCAUCUUCGGCUUCAUCAUCAUCCUCAGAGAGUAGAGGACAGUUGUUGCUUCCGUUAGAAAGGAGUUCUACCAGAAGCUUACUGGAUUUGGUGAGCAGUGCUAGGAGCAAUACUGCGAUAACCGCAUCGUCCGCAGCAGCUGCAAAGGCAACUCUUCGAGCGAUUAAAGCUGCGAAUUCCGCUCAAGGAGAAGCUUUGGCACAGGCGACUGCUUCUGCGGCUUCGAAUGCAAAGGCACGCGCAACCGCGGCCGCUGCAGCGCAAGCCACUAACGCAGCCGUUAACGCGCAAGGGAAGGCUUCCGCGCAAGCUAUUGCAACGGCAGAAGCAGCAGAAGCUUUGACUAAAUCGGCACUCCAAGCCCAGUCCGCUGCGAGCAGCUCUAAAUCAGAGGCAGCCCAAGCUUCAACCUCAGCUAAUGCCGGAGCCGGUGCUCUUGCGACUGCUUCUGCUCAGGCCUUAUCCGCGAAGAAGGCAGCCUUAGCCUACGCCUCCGCUGCCGCUGACGCAAGCACCGCAGCGGCCAAGGCUCGUGCCGCAGUUGCUGCUGCAGAAGCAGCCACUCGUACAGCCGUACAAGCCGAAAGAGACUCCACAAACGCAGCCUCUCUCGCAGCUAAAGCCCAAGCUGAAGCCAGAGCUGCUGCAGCCGCUGCUGCAGCAGCGAGACUCGCCGCAUCAGCUGCCGCCGAUGCCAGCGCACAAGCCGAUGCAAGAGUCAGAACCGCUUCUAUUGAAGCUGCCGCCAGCGCUCGUACCAAAGCAUCCAAUGCUCAAGCCACAGCCGAGGCUGCAGCCAUAGCCAGGAGCAGCUCCAGGGACGCACAAGCAAACUGGGUUGACAACAGGUCUUCUGCAUCAUCGUCCAGUGCAUCGGCCAGUGCAUCGGUUAGUGCAUCAGCCAGUGGAGAAGCCGAUUCAGAAGCUGAUUCAGAUGCUAGUGCAUCAGCUCGUUCAGCAGCCGAUUCUAAUGCUGGUUCAUCUUCCGGUUCAGCCGCCGAUUCAGCCGCCGAUACAGCCGCCGGUUCAACCGCCGGUUCAGCUGCCCGUUUAAGUGCCGGUUCUGCAGCCGGUUCAAUAGCACGUUCAGCUGCCGGUUCUACAGCCGGCUCAUCAACUGGUUCAGGAGCCGGUGCAUCAGCUGAAGGUUCCUCCAAUGCCUCCUCCGGUACUUCCGCCGAUGCCUCCUCCGGUGCCUCCUCCGGUGCCUCCACCGGAGCAUCCGCUAGUGCCUCCGCCACUGCUUCUGCCGAUAAUUCCGCCGAUAAUUCUGCCGAAGCUCUUUCUAGCUCCUCCGCCGAGUCUUCGUCGUCCUCCUGGUCUUCUUCCAGCCAGAAUAUCUGGUCCCAGGAUUGUGACAAGUGCACGGUAAUAAACAAAAGAGACUGCGGCGUGAUUGAAUCAACAGCGGUAUCAAUCUGCGAAGUACCAUACAAGAUGAACGUACAAGCGACACUCGUGCUUUGCCUGCUCGCAUUGUUCGGCAGCGUGGCCCAAGGUGGGCCAUCAAGGUUGUCUGAAACCAGUGAUUCGUCCGCAGCAUCUUGGUCCUCGAGUUCGUCUUCAAGCUCGUCCUUGUCCUCAUCUCUGGCUUCGGAUUCUGCUUCUUCUUCUGCUUCUGGUUCGGCUUCGGCUUCGGCUUCAGCUUCGGCUUCGGCUUCAGCAAGUUCGAGAAACGAUAACAGUAGAGUUAAGGCAUGGAAGAAGGGUAGAGGAGGUAGCGACAGCUUGGUACUGUCGAGUGAUUCAUCAGAAGAUUCAAAAGCCAGGGAGCUCCUCGAGACAGACGCCGGAUUAGGUGCGGCCGCUGCGUUAGCAAGAGCUACCGCGGAUGCCCAAGCUAGAACAGCAGCAAGCGCCGAUGCUACGGCUAAUAAGGCAACUGCAAAGGCUCUUGUAUUAGCCGAGGCUGCUGUAAGGGCGGAAAAUGCAGCGAUUGUAAGGAUCCGUAGGGCUUUAUCGGCAGCGCAAGCUCUCGUCUCGGCAUCCAAUCGUGCAAAGGCCGCAGCUAGAGCUGCGAGGGAAGCUGCUGCGAACUCUGCCGCUGCUGCCGCAAAAGCUUCCACUAAUCAAGUGAAAGCCAACGCUGACUCGCUUGUCGCCAACAGAGCUGCAGCCGCCCUUCUUGCUGCUGCCGAGGAAGCCCUCCAGAAAGCCAGUGCUUCGCAGAAUGCAGCAGCUGAAGCUGCUGCGAAAGCUCGUGCCGCAGCUAACGCGAAUGCCGCAACCACCAGAGCCGCGGCCUCGGCCAUACUCGCCGAAGCUCGUGCCAGAACAGCUAUCACGAAAGCACUUGCCGCUCAAUCAACGGCCUCCGCUCAGGCUACUUCCGCCUCUCAAGUACAAAAUCGUGCGAAUAACCUACAAGCCGAAACCGCUUCUUUAGCCCAAUCCAGGGCAGAAGCCGCAAUAGCUGCAGCUGCGGCACAAGCUGCCGCUCUCGCAGAAGCUAACGCUCAACUCGCUCGUCUCAGCAAAGCAUCUGCAAGUGCUUCCAGCGAGGGUUCGGCUUCAGCCUCGGCAUCAGCCUCGGCAUCAGCCUCUUCGAUUUUGCCUAAGAUAGGGCAAUGGCAAAAAGCAGCAAAAGCAGAUGCAUUAACGAUUCGAAAAUUGUGGUUGUCACAAAGCUACGAAGUCCUACGAAAGAUGAAGAUCCCCUCGAUUCUCGUAACGUGCCUUUUUACCUGGGGCUUGGCUGCCGGGAGUAGCAGCUCGUCCGCGGAAUCUUCGGCAUCAGCGACAGCGUCUUCAGAUGCGUCCUGGAGCGCGUCCUCGAGAUCGUCAGCUACCGGUAGAGCACCGAACGUGAUUUUGAAUAGGGCACCUCAAUUAGGAGCUAGCGCGGCAGCGAUCGCAUCGGCUCGAGCCAGUACCUCAGCAAAUGCUGCAUCAGACGAAAAAUCUGCCCGAGAAACGCGAGCGACCGCUUUGGCCCGAUCAAGAGCUGCUGUUACGGCGGCAGCACGAGCAGCCGCAAGGACGCAAGAAGCCGUCGCGGCAGCAAAAGCCGCAAGUAGGGCCCAAGCGCUUGCUGCUGCUAAAUCUUCGGCGGCAAUUUCUGCAUUGGCCGCUGGAGAGGCUGCCGCCCAAAAGGCGGACGCCGCAGCUCUCGCCGCAUUAGCUGCUAAUCAGAGAUCUGUCAAAGCCGCAGAAAAUGGUCUAGCAGUGCAGAAUCGUGCGAAUGGAGAAGCGGAACAGGCAAGUCGUGCGGCUGCUGCUAACCUUGCCGCGGCCAUCCGUACCCGAGACAAUGCUCUCGAAACGAGAAGAGAAGCAGCUCGAUUGAAGGCACUAGCCACAGCUGCCGCUAACGCUAAUAACAAAGCGACCAGUCUUGCCGAAGCUUCUGCGAACCAAGCAGCUGAAGCAAGCUCCGCUGCCGAGGAUACUUCUUCCGCUCAAUCUGCUGCGGUCGCUCAAGCUGAGGCCGCUGAAACGCUCAACGUAAAUCUCGCUAUACUCGAAAGCACCCAAUCCUCCAGACAGGAUUCCAACGUGGCCAAAGCUGAGGCUUCCGCCGCAGCCAAGGCCUCGCCUGGCACUGCCACAAGAGACGGAGUCAACCUUGGUCUCGCCUCUGAUGCUGGUGCAGCUGCUCAACUAAAAGCCCAAGCCGCAGCAUUGGCACGAGCAAGUAGCAGAAUUAGUUCCGGCCCUGCGUUAUCCGCAUGGAAAUGGAGGAACGAAGAUUCUUCAGAAUCGUCAACCUCUGCAAUCGCCAGCUCUAGCGCCAGUUCCAGCUCCAGUUCUCGCAGCACAGUUGUGCGAUAUGGUAUAAAAUGGAGGAGUAACGGUGCAGGUGCAUCAAUCGACGAAGACCCUACGAAGAUGAAGUAUCUCUCAACGCUCGUGUCGUCGCUCUUGUUGGGAGCCUGUGUGCUCAGUGUCCAUGCCGACAGAUCGUGGGCAGCAUCGGAUGCAAAUGCUGAAGCGUCAGCCGCAGUGGAAUCGCCUUCUCUUUGGGAAGAUUCAUCCAGUGCAAGCGCGGGAGCGUCAAACGCAGCGGAAUCGUCAUCUCUUUGGGAAGAUUCAUCCAGCGAAAACACGGGAGCGUCAACCGCAGCGGAAUCGUCAUCUCUUUGGGAAGAUUCAUCCAGUGCAAGCGCGAGAGCGUCAACCGCAGCGGGAUCUUCAUCUGCUUGGGAAGAUUCAUCCAUCACAAACGCGAGAGAAUCAGGGGCAUCGGGAUCGUUAUCUAGCUGGGAAGAUUCAUCCAGUGCAAGCGCUAGCUCUAGCACAAGCGCAAGCGCUAGCUCUAGCUCAAGUUCUAGCUCUAGCAUUAGCUCCAGCGCUAGCUCUAGCUCUAGUGCUAGUGCCAGCGCUAGUACAGAAGCAUCUAACGAAUCAAGAAGGGGUAUCGCCAUUGAGGGAGCCCUUGUAGGUACGGGGGCUGCAAGUACGGCUGCGGCAUCCGCAGAAAUGCUUUCGGACACCUUGGGAUUGGGUCAAUCUGCUCUUCAAGCACAAACAGCAUCCGUAACGCAGGCUAACAUUGCCAGCGAUGCCAGCAACCAAGCUAAUCGAUUGGCGGCUGCCGCAGCAGCAGCGAUGUCAGCCGCAGCUUCCGCUCAAGAGAACGCCGCGUCGUUAGCUCGAGCUUCGGCCAGUGCAUCUGAAAGUGCGGCUAGUGCCUCAUCGAAGGCCGAGGCGAGCGCCGAAGCGGCCAAAUCGUCUGCGGAAAAAUGUUUAUUGCUCGCGCAAAACUCCGCACAAGCGCAAGCUCGCGCGACUGAACAAUCAGAGUCCUCGAACAGAGACUCGGCUGCCAACGCGGCCGCCGCCGCGGAAGCCGAAAGGAAGGCCACUUUGGCUCUAAAAGCUAUAGCUGAUGCCAAGGCCAAGGCCGGUGUAGCCGUUGCCGCUCAGUCGGAGGCUGCUGCGGCAGCCGCAGCCGCUGCAAAAGCACGCGCCGAUGCCGAAGCAGGUGCUAAUUUGGCCGCAGCAGCGCGUGCCGUCGCCGCAGCCGAAGCUGCUGCUUCCAGACGAAAUGAUCGUCAAGCUGGUAUAGCUCAAGCCGGAGCAUCCGCCGCAGCCGAGACCAGAGCGCUUGCAUCCUCCGCCGCAGCCACCGCUAAAGCAGCCGCUUACGCUAAUGCCGAUAUCCGAGCACUUUCCGCAGCUGCUCUAGAAUCCUCCAUAUCUUCGUCCUCUAGCACUAGUGCUUCCAGUGCAUCCGCCUCAUCCGCCAGCAGCGGUGCCAGCAGCGAUUCCAGCAGCGGUUCCAGCAGCGGUGCCAGCAGCGGUGCCAGCAGCGAUUCUAGCAGCAAUUCCAGCAGCGAUUCCAGUAGCCUCCUAGGAGAUGAUGCUUCAACCAGUGCCAGCAGCACAGCUGAAGCCGAGAGUAGAACUAGCUCGCUGAUCUUAAACUAAUCUCUCUUCCUUUGAUCAGAACCGUCCGUCCAUCUGUCCACCGAUGGAGUAUCCGAAGAAAUGCGAGUUCGAGCUUACUUUCCACUAGACUAGAAUCACGAUUAUGCUCAAU